UAGCUGAGUGUGAAACAUAUAUGUAGGCUGCUACCAACGGUAGAAAACUAUGGAAAGGAAGGUUGCUAACAUGAGACCCGCAGGAUGGCAAGGCAUAUUCAUUCAGUAAGGUGCCGUUUCAUACUACAUGGAUGCUCAAUCUAGUAAGUAGUUGCAAAUUAAUUCCACUUCAGGUUCCUCUUCGAGCUACAUUCUGUCACGCUAUUUCGACUUGCAAGAACAUCGCAGCGAGGAUAGUGCCAAAGCUACCUAAUAUCUCAUAUGCACUACAAAUACAACCCACCGCAGCGGCGCACACCUUGCCAAGUUCAGUGUGUCGUGAGAUGGCGACCCCUUUGAAAAGGACAUUUCAGGCGCCAAUAAUCCUAGGCAGGGGGUGGGUACCAGGAGAAGUUGCUUAGUUUCGUUGGAGGCCAACAUGCAGCCACCAGCACAUCGCAUAUCGCCAUACCAACAGCCUUACUUAUGGCUGACUACUUGGUAUAGUUCCUGUUUAUAUAAAUACCUGGGACGCCAUCGUUUUAAACUCGCCUCUGGUAAAUAGAAUAGUUGAUUCCUAGUUGAUACGAGAUUUAUUCACCAUGAUUGGAACAAAUCGGAUUACUAUGAGAAACAAAUUCCGCGACGACUGGUGGCCCGAGUUGCAGAAAUCGGAAAUCUCUAAGCCAAGGCCACCAAAACGCCACGUGAUGCAGUGGUUCUCCCACUUAGUGAACCCAACGGCGCCGCUCUGUCGUAGAUGUCAUCGCCGCAAGCUGAAUUUGCGUUCCCUUGUGGCAAAGCCUCCAGAUAUCUCUGAACUUCCCAAAGGUUUUGAGAACGAAGACCUCAAUGAUCUAGAAAAUAAAUUCUCUGUACAUAUCCACAACUUCUCGGCCGAAGAGGCCGAGGCGGCAAAAUCAAGGUGUUCGUUAUGCGCUCUUCUUUCAGGUUGCCUCGAGUAUACUCAGCAGGAGGGGUGGCUAGGCUAUAUGCGAUGCACAGUAAUAUUGCGACCGAGGUUCGACCGGUCGACUAAUAUCAAGAAAAAAGGAAUUAUUAUUCACAAGCAGCAGAUUUGGGUCGAAUUCCAACCGAUUGAGGGAGAGGUACUGAUUGACCUGGUAGAUGUUGGAGGAAUCGGGUUUACUGGGAGAAGAAGGCCAGUUUUCCCGACGGCCGAUUAUAAAUUGCUGAAAUGGUGGCUCAGAAACUGCAAUCGCAAACACACGCACCCAGAUAUUUCCACCGAAGUCCGCUCGCGAAUGCAAGUCAUUUUGGAUGAUGGGCUCUUUCGACUUAUAAACACUUCCACCGGGCUCGUCGAAGUUUUGGCUUCUCUGCCCACAUUUGUCGCCCUGUCCUACGUUUGGGGCCCAGCUCCUAGCCAGCCAAAGAACCAGCCUCUCAAAGGCGGGCCAGUGGCGGAUUAUCCCCGUACUAUACGAGAUACCAUUGUCACGGCAAAUUUUCUAGGGUAUGAGUGGCUCUGGGUUGACCGGCUCUGUAUCGAUCAAAACAGCGAUACGGACAAGGCGAAGCUCAUUCCUUAUAUGAGGGACAUUUAUGCGGCGGCCAACUUGACUAUUGUCGCUGCCUGCGGCAAGGGCGCUGAAGAUGGCCUUUUCGGUACCGAAGGGACUCCAAGGAAGGCCCGUCAACCACUUACCAUAGGGCCUUCAUUCGCAGUCGCUGCCGUAUCUUAUCCAUUUGAGGGACUAAUUGAGGACACAGUCUGGUACAAGAGAGGCUGGACAUUCCAAGAAUGCGUAUUUUCCCGAAGGCUACUCUUUGUUCUCAACUCUGAAAUGUUCUUUUGCUGUGGAGAUCAUCUUUUCCGAGAAACAACAUGUCGUCGCUUAGUCACUCCUAACCAGGGCUCUAUCGAAAGAUGGCUAUUUUACGAAAAAGGGAGAUGCGUGGCACGAGAUUUGCAGGUUGCGCUUCAUAGGAAGGCGGCGACGCCAGACAAAAUGCUAAACUCAUGGCUAUUCUUGAGCGCCAUGAGGGAAUACUCUGGCCGUAAACUAAGUGUCGGCGCAGAUAGGCUGGCCGCCUUUGCUGGUGUGAUUUUAUCAGCUAUGGAGCCUAUGGACCAGGUGUCUGAAGCGGCAUUUCUCAAGCACGGGCACCCACUGCCAUUCUUUGAAUCUCUUCUGACUUGGACCCCUGGGUACGACUCGGGACGUCUAUUGAACCAGCUUCCGGUUGAUAACAUGCCCACGCCGUCUUGGAGUUGGGCUCAUUCGGGCUACAGGGUGAAUAUUGAUAUUCAUGGAGAGACGCGCGGCUGCUACGACCAAUAUUAUUGGUUUACUUAUAGUCAACUUCCAAAUUAUGACGUGCUGGGGUUACCAUCCCCAUUGAACCCUAUUGAUACUCUGCUCAAUAUGCCACUGUCAGAUGAACUGAAAACGGAUCGAUCGUGGGCUGAGAGUUCACCACAGGAUAUCGAAAAAACUAAUCACGAUGAAAACUUAGUCACCAUGCCAGUAGAUGUUUCGCGGCUACCCAAACUUCAUCUAUUAACACUUGUAUUCGACGCACGUCUUGUGUUCUCUGAAAGCAUUCGCAAUUAUAAAGAUUCGUUCUUAUUAAUGGAUCUUGGAAGUACUGACACUCCUCAAGACGUGAGCAUGAGAGAGCGUGGGAUUAUACUUGACCUUUUACCAACAUGGCAUCUUCAGAUCGAUCGCGAAGAUUACUUACUUAGUCCCCGACCCAGACCGUUUGAAACUUUCGCUAUAAUCACAGGUUGGCCGAGAUAUGGAUCGGCUAGAUUUGGCAUCGAGAGGUCCACCGAGCUCUACUACGAUCUAACUGUGAUGCUUUUGGAGCCACAAGAACAGAAAGAUACGUACUCCCGGCUGGGCCUUAGCACGAUUUCAAAUGUCUUUAGAAACACAUACUAUGUUGAGCUGAUAAAGAAAGGGAACCCGCGAUGGCAGUAUAUACAUAUUGUCUAAUAUAUUGUUGACGUAAGUCGCUAGCGACAAAACGCUCUCUUUACAAGCACGUUGUCUUCUGCAUCCCCUGAUAUCCUCGCUGUAGAAUUCAUACACCGAUGCCUUUCGCCUCGUAUAAAAUUCCAAAGCCAUAGAGGGAGGCUACACCUUUCACUAACAUAAUACGCAAUGCGACAGUAGAUUGGGCAUACCCGGAUACU